UUGCAUCUGACCGUCAAGAGCCAGUGGGGAGACGCACCUCGAUGGAUGUUUGACGAAGCUCUGACAGCGAAUCCGAAAUCGACCGUCUCUGGGAAACUGCUGUAUGUUGACUCUGAACAAAAGAAGAUGGAUAUUGACAUUCAGCGCGUCAGCUACCUCGAAUCGGACCGCACGGCGGUCCUGUGCCGCGAGCAGAUGGCCCGCGGCGACCUCUUCCAGCCGGCCUGCCUCAACGUCACCCUGCGCGCGGGCUACCUGGACCACUACCGCUGCGAGGCCGAAUUCGACCGCCUGGAGCCGGCCUUCCUGAACCUUACUGCAGCGGCGUACGCGCGGGCGCGCGACCUCUUCGAGCCGCACGUCCGCGAGAACCCUCUGCACCGCGGGGAGCCCGGCCGCGCCCAGGCCGAGGUGCGCUUCGCCGACGGCUUCCACGCCGUCGACGUGGCCUUGAGCGGGCCAUCCUUCGCCGCGCGAUUCGAGAAACUGCGCAUGACGCGGCAGGUGCGCCCUUUCGUGGUCGUCCAUCCGGAGUACAACUUCGUCGACCGCGUCAGGCAGUACCGGUUUGUUAAUGAGAACAAUCCGAAAUGCGUUCUGGACAAAACUACUGUAAACACCUUCGACAACACUACGUACAACAUUCGCCUGGGACCCUGCUGGCACAACAUGAGUAUCAUAACAAAGCGGGGCAUCGGCAACAUGACAAUACAAGCCCGUGACAGCGGGGACGAGAGGAUCCUUCGCGUCCUCUUUCCUGAAGGAAGUGAACUGGAGUUGCGAAAAUCACAGCGUUUCUACCGUUCGAGGGAAUCUGCAAGAUCAGCUCCUCUUUACGUCAAUGGAAAUUUGGUAAUGGUUUUCCAAGACUCCCCAGUGUCCUUCGACAUUCAGUACAGAGAAUUUCACAGCAUCGUGGAACUCUCUUUGAUCACCGGCAACCUAUUCCAU